AUGCCGACGCCGCUCUCCCGCUCUCGAAUUGUCCUUCUCUCCCUCGCUAGCUUACUUCUCCUCACCUUCCUCGCAUUCGUCUUCGUGGACUACAAUGCCUUUCUCUCUCAUCGUCGUCAUUCCAGCCCGCACGACGACCUCACGUUCUUCAUCCCAUGGGACGCCAUUCCCCCCGUAGCCAUGCACAUCCAAACCUCAGUCCACUACGCGCUCGACACGCCUCUCGGUAUCGCGGAGUGGAAAGCGCUCAUACCGCCCACGGGACAUCUUAUUCAUCUGCCGUCGCCGGAUCCGCCUGCGUCCUCCCACAUCAUCCUGGACGACCAGAAAGGCGUGGAAGGAAAUGGAGGAGAGGUGGAAGUGGAAGUAGAGUACGAAGAAUACACCCCGACGCUGCUCCAUCAAUUGAAAUGUCUCGAUAUCCUAAGAGAGAGUUACGUCCUCUCCCGCUCGAUGCGGAAUUCGUCGCCAUACACCACCUCGUCCUACCUAAACCUCACAUCACCACCCCACACACCCAUGGACUGGUCCUCUCCCCCUUCCACCUCCUCUUCCCACUCCUCUCCCGCUUCCUCCGACGCAGAGGCAGACGGCCGCUACCCAACGUCCUACUCCGGCCUCACCCGCCACUGCCUCGCAUACCUCCACCAAUCCAUCCUCUGCUCCGCCAACACCGGGCUCGAGAGCAGCGCGGCAGACGAUGGAGCGCCGAGGGAGAGGUUUGAGAAGGGCUGUCGGGAUUGGGGGGUGGUUUAUGGGGAGGUGGAGAGGAAUUGGGGGGUUUGGAGGGGGAUUGUGGGGGAGGAGGAAGGUGGGGAGCGGGAGAGGGAGGAGUAG